AUGAUUUCACUUGACAUUCCAGCCAAGCACAUCAACUGGGAAAGAGUAUCCCACUGGCUGCCGGAUUGCGAUACCAAUGAUUCUGCUGACCAUAGAGAUUCCUGUCACUUGGAGCCCCCCAAAUCUAUCUUACCCAGUUUCCGUGUUAUCGACACCGAGCAGCAGUGCGUCAUUAUUGCUCCACCAUUCUGCAGAUACGCCACACUGAGCUACGUUUGGGGGGAGACAAAAGGCUCAGUUCAAGCUCUUGUUUCCAAUAUCAAAAGUCUUGAAGUACCAGGGUCUUUAACAAGGACCGGAGUCUCACUAUCACCUGUCAUUCGCGACGCUAUUACGGCAUGCCGUCAUCUGAGAAUCCGAUAUCUCUGGGUUGACCAACUUUGCAUUCUGCAAGAUGAGGACAUGGCAAAGAAGGCAUUGCAUUUGAAUGCAAUGGGAGACAUAUAUGGCUAUUCAUACGUUACUCUGGUCGACCUGGUCGGCACCAAUGCGGACCACGGACUAUAUGGGGUAGAUGCCAGACAGCGGAUCCGGCGAUGGAGCGCCAAAGUACAAGGUCUCUAUUUUCUGGGGAGAAGUGACCCUUUUGAAGCAUUAGUCGCUGAGUCAAAAUGGAUGACUCGAGGCUGGACAUUUCAGGAAACACUGCUAUCUUCCCGACUACUAUUGUUCUCAGACACCAAACUCAUCUACGAGUGCUCUGGCAGGGAUUGCGUAGUUGAUGAUGAAUGUGGGCGUGCCUGGCCUCGCAAAAGAGUGAAAAUUCCCUUGGGUUCUUACCAAGAUAUUGUUCGUGACUACACAAAACGGACUUUCAGCUACGAAUCUGAUAUACUACGAGGGUUUGCGGGUAUACUACAUGCGGGCUUCGGUUCCGACCAUUACUUCGGACUGCCAUUAGGCGAGUUUACUAAAUCAUUGAGUUGGUAUACUGAAAAUGGUGAUUAUCCACGCAGGGUCACGGAAACCGGAGAUGAUGUAUUUCCAUCUUGGUCCUGGUCGUCAACAACAAGUAGCGUCAGGUUCUUCAAGAGUAGUCGAAUAACGCGUACUGCUACUGUGGCUAUUUUCGCAAUUCCAUCACAUCAAGAUGAAAGCCAGGCUUCCAAGGUCAUCAUGGACACUCCAGGUUUUGUGGGAGUGGAACGCGAGAUGUUGUAUCCAUUUUAUAUUUCGUGGGCGCUCCUACUAAUUCAGGCCUGGAGACAAGGCUGCUUUCCCGAGAAGAUCCCGACAGAGCUGGACGACUCUCGGAUGACUUGGGUGGAUUGUAAAUCUAUUAUUAAUAAUAUAUGGCGAUUUUCCAAGGAUAUUAGCCAUGUUGCACGGGGAAUCGAUCCACAAGCCUCCACGGUCCGCAAUUUCCAUUCGAAAUUUCCGGCUCCCCUCCAGAGCGAAUGUGAGCCUGGUUGCAUUAUGGUGUACACACAGUCACUACGUCUCAGAGUCAUACCAGCUACAGAAGGGUAUGACGAACCCAAUCUUCAGGAUCAGCAAGGGCGAAUUAUUGCGUGGCUACUACCACAGACCGCCGAUUGGAGCUCGAUCACGAAUACGCCUAAUGGUAGAACCAGCAAAUUUGACGUGAUAGCUCUGUCAUUUGAAGCUGACCCAGACGGACUGGAACAUCAUGAUACGUACAAAAGCUGGAAAGCAUAUAGUGGACUCAAAGACCUAACAUGGUAUGAUUCUUCAGGGAAAGUUCUUCCAUUUGUCGAAAAGCCGAGGAUGCUUUUGAUGGUGCUGAAAACUGAAAAUGGGGUUAGCAAACGUGUGGCACUUGCUGAAAGCUGGCUUAGAGUUUGGAUCCAUGCAAAGCCAGAGUUCAAAACAUUCAUUCUUGUAUAG